AACAAAAAAAAACGGGCUGUGAUCACAUCUCCGAUUCACACUCAGCUGACGCGGCGCUGGAGGAACGAGGGCGCUGCAGCCAUGGAGCAGAGGUGAGUGUGAGUCCACUCCUGCCGUGCACCAGCAUCAUGAGAAGCCCGAUCCCACCGCACGCUCUGCCACAGCGGCUGUUUGUUUAUCGCCGUGGUGAGAGGCAGCUUCUGGACCGUGACUCUGUUGCCAUGGUGACCCCAUAAAGAAAAACAAAAAUAAUCCAGGUGACUAUUUUCAAGCAUCAGUCGCCAUGGGAACGUCCAGGAUGUUCCGCAUCUUCGUGGUCCUGGGCUCGGCCUUCAUGGUCCUCCUCAUCAUCAUCUACUGGGACGACGUGGGGGCGUCUCAUCUGUACCUGCACACCCCCGUGUCCCCGGGCCCCAGGAUCCCCCACCCCCCUCCUCCCAAGACGCGGCCCCCGACGUCCCGAGCGCCGUCCUUCCUCAACGACAUCGACGCCUUCGUCAACCAGUUCCUGGAGCCGGGGACCGGUGAGCCCACGGACCCCGCCCCCGUCGACACAGGCAACCAAUCGGAGAAGGCGGAAGAGCGAUACGUACCGAGACGAGAGGGGAAGAUUCACCUGACGCCGGUGGCAGCGGAGCUCCGGGAGAGACAGGAGCAUCGGCGGAAGUUGUUGCAGGAGAUGUGCGCUAACGACAGCAUCGUGUUCCCCGGCAAAAACCGCUCGUUUGACGACAUCCCCAACAAGGAGCUGGAUCACCUCAUCGUGGACGACAGGCACGGCAUCAUCUACUGCUACGUCCCCAAGGUGGCGUGCAGCAACUGGAAGCGGAUCAUGAUCAUCCUCAGUGAGAGCCUGCUGAGAGACGGAGUCCCCCAGAGAGACCCUCUGGCCAUCCCCCGGGACCUGGUGCACAACAGCAGCAUGCACUUCACCUUCAACAAGUUCUGGAAGCGCUAUGGGAAGUUCGCAAGACACCUCAUGAAGGUGAAGCUGAAGAAGUACACAAAGUUCCUCUUUGUGCGGGAUCCCUUCGUGCGCCUCAUCUCCGCCUACCGGAAUAAAUUUGAGCUGCGCAACGAGGACUUUUAUCGCCGCUUCGCGCAGGUCAUGCUCCGCCGCUACGCCAACCAGCCGACACCGCCUGCCACUGUGGAUGAGGCGUUCUCAGUGGGCCUCCACCCGUCCUUCUCCCACUUCAUCCAGUACCUCCUUGACCCUCAGACCGAGAAGGAGAUGCCCUUUAAUGAGCACUGGCGGCAGGUGUACCGGCUUUGCCACCCGUGCCAGAUUCAGUAUGACUUUGUUGGCCACUUGGAGUCGGCAGAGGAGGACGCUGAGCACCUACUCCGCCAGCUGCGCGUGGACAACGUGGUGGAGUUCCCCACCUCCCACAGGAACCUCACAGCCAGCAGCUGGGAGGGCGACUGGUUCAACGCGGUGCCUCUGGAGGCGCGGAGAGAACUCUACAAGCUGUACGAACCCGACUUCAGGCUCUUUGGCUACGAGAGACCAGACUCGCUCCUCAAUGAGUGACUCCGGUUUCUACUCCAACGUGUUUUUUAUGUGAUGAAGUGAGUGACACCUCUGAUCUCCAGUCUUGUCUGUUGUACACUGAAUGUCCACAUCAUUAGGGACACCCACUUCUCUAAGAAAAGCACAGUAAUGAAGUGAAGCCUGGUUACAGCCAUCAUCCAUCAUUCUUUACCUUUUUGAAAUCACAAAGAUAAAGAGAAGCACACAGGUUCGAGUGCAAGCAGCAGGUGUCCCUAACAUUAUGCACAUUUAUGUCCUUAACUCAGAACUCCGCACCGAGCGUGUUGCACGCUCAACGUUGAUGUCAUACCGCGCCUGCGAUUCGCGGCUUUGUAGCAGAACGUGGCAGAGACCUCGCCGAAGUGAUGUCACCGAGCGUCACGUCAUCGAAACCCUUUUGGUUUGCGACGUCACUGCAGACGCGAUGGUUUUGUCACUAGAUUGGUUUUAUUAUGUAGUUGAACUAGAGCGUAAGUCGUCAGCUAAUUUAUUUCACGUCGUGCAAGGGAAUGUUUAUAUUGAGCAUGAGAGGGAUUUUAAUGUUAAAUACUAUUGAAUGCUGUCGGCAUCAGAAACAGGUGGAAAUGUUUCAUACCUCAUUCACAGAUUGAAAAGAUGUUCACGCCUCCACCUCAAAACACGAAGCCUCCUGCUUUUUCAGCCCAAGGCUCAUUAGCAUGAAGAAACCCAUGGAAUCAUGUGUGUGACCGGGAUCAUUUCUGACAGUAUUUCCGCCGCUUGCUUCCUGUGGCACAUUCCGGGCAGGUUGUAACGCCGCUGCCUCGGCAUGGAGAAGCACAGCAGCUCCGGCGAACACUGGACUGAGAAGCUGGAUUUGUCUCAGCUUGUCUUUGAGACGUAAAGCUGGAGUUUCCACAUUCUUUUGAUUUCCUCUCAGCUGUUCAUCCACAGACCAUUUUUUCCUAAAGGGAACGUUUGUCUUUCAUUGCAUGUUGUUGUCGUCGUCUUUGUGUUUUCAUGCACAAACUGCAGUUGUUAACGCUGAUCUUUACCAGAGACCCCUGGAGACUGCAGCCCCUCCACACCCUGACUAUGAUCAAUGUUUGUAAGGGCAGCAUUUUAAAGACGCAGUGUUUUGUAGCAAGGAGAUGAACUAAUUACACAAAACAGACAGAGUUAUUGAGCAGGUACAAUGCUAAGCUAAUGCGUUGUUGUGAGCAUACGUCACCCUCCACAGGUCGGGGUUUGUGUUCAGUAUUUUAAAUCCGAUUGUAAAGUCGGUGCAAGUUGAGGCUAACGUCAGUGUUAAUGUCUGAGUAUUUAAAGGUUUAAAGUAAUUACAGUAUUUUUCACCCUAUGUUUAUGAACGUGGGCGUGUCAAUGCAUUGUACUUACAAAAACAUUUGGAACUACUCCAGUAGAUUGUCUCAGGGGCUACAAUGUUAUCUUAUGGGGCAACUGCGACAGUCUGAAAUAGGCUCAAUCCGCCAAUAUGUUAAAAACUCAACAAGAAAUCUUAGAUCACUCUACAGCAAGGACAUUCGUAUUCUGUAGCCACAGGGUCACAGCAUCCACAGGAGCACCACCAGUUUCCAGAGCUUUGCAACCCUUCCUUCUCAACUAUAUCGGAAGAACAUUAAGCAAUGUUCCCGACUCUUGCAACAAGCUAAGAGAAGUGAAAGUGAGACUUCCCGUUGAGCAAGACAUCUACAAAUUUGCCAAACUCUUAGCAAAGACCUAGAAUAACAAAUUAGAUUCUUUUAUAGCUGGAAAAAAAAUCACUUUUAGUCGACAUUUUGAGGAACUGUCGCAGUUGCCCCAUAAGAUUACAUUUUAGCCACAGAACGGACAGGACCAAUGCAUUUACACACACACAUUUAUAAACAUAGGGCCCUAGGUUGAAAACUCAAGUAAAGGUUUGCUCAUGGUUGGAGUCGGGUUAAAUCCCAUCACGAUAAGGACAAGGACCGGAUCAUAUGAUUCAUAUGAAGAGAUGGAUGAGAAGAAAGUGCCUUUGGUUGCAUACGUUUACACAGCAAAAAAAGUAUUUUUGUAGAAGGACUUAAUUUUUACACGAUACAGUGGGAAGCUGUAUGAGGUCCAUUUAAAGUACUGGGCCUUGUUUAUGACGUGUGAUUAUAGGAAGUAGCGGAGACCUUCAGCCGAUUUGCCUGAAUCCUCUUUUCAGUGGUCGUGUCCGGUGGAUUGUGUAAUUUACGACACUCUUGUGGUGUGUACUUCACCGGAUGUCCUGGCCAUAGUUUGUGCCAUGUUGUUCUGCAAGUCACUGAGAUGUCCCAUGUUCGCGCGGUGUCGUCUCACUGCCUUUCGGUUUACUUCUUUUCUAUGAGUGUGAGAUGUUGUGUCAGAGGGGAAUUCAAUCAAACCUUAUUAAACGUCAGUGUCUGUUUUCCCCUAGAAGCAUAACAAAAUAGGAAAACACACCUUUUUAUCCCGCACUCACCUUACCAGUGUUUGGAUCGCCAAGUUAAUUGUAUUUUCAUAUCACUUUUGUAUUUUUGUUAUGUUCUUUUAUUGUAUUUUCUUAUGUGACUGUCAAUAUGUUUUUCUCUGCUGUGCAAACGACAAGACUAUAAAAUGGAAUGAUUUUGUAAGUCAAACCCCCCCCCCCCCGCUGUUUAUUUAUUAACAGAAUAAAACCUAUGAAUACAUUGUGCUUUUGUAACGAGGGAAUCAAUCAUCAAGGGCUUUUUGUUCAGCUCAGAGUUUGAUGGCCACAACAUUACAGCUCUGAACAGAUGAAAUGUUUGUUGAAGCUGCAGAACCAAACCCUGUCCUACAUUUUGACCUCAUUCCACAUCCUAACAUCAAAUAGUGGCACACAGCGAUGUCUGUUUUUGUAAAACACGCAUUGUUCCUCCUCCCGUUCACGGGAAAAUGCAAAUUCAAAGUUUCAUCUGUAUCAUGAUGCCAUUCAUCGCCUGGUCUACAUACUACAGAAAUAAAAGGUGGUGGGGCAUGAA